UAAAUCAAAAAUUAAUUAGACCAAAAUCAAUAAUAGAUUCAAUUCAAAGAUUAAUUGAAUUAUUUAAAUGUAGUAAUGGAAAAGUUUUAGUUUUAACUGGUGCAGGUAUUAGUACGGAUUCAGGUAUUCCAGAUUAUCGUGGUCCAAGGGUAAUAGCAAAUAAUUAUUAUCUCAAUAAAGUUAAUAAAAGCCAUAAAAGUAUUGAUUCUUUAAAUAUAAUCAAAAGGGAACUUAUGUG